UCAGCUUUAUCGUCAGCAUCGUCAAAUUUUUGUUUUCUACGACCCUUUUAAAACCCUCAAAAUAAGUCUCCGCAAAAAAACUUCUCUCUCCAGAAACCAAAUCACACUUACAUCACAAAUCCUCUGUACAUAACCAAAAAAAAAAAACCCUAGAAAAGAAGAAAAAUCAAGAUGGGUCUGAUCAGCAAAGAAGAGAUUAGCAAAACAAGAAGAUAUUCAUCUUCUCUUUGGAGAGGAAUCAAAACGAUCUUUGUUCUCUUCACUAUGUUUCUCUCUUUUAUCAUCUUCUCUGCUCCGAUCUUCCUCGCCGUCGCCGACGCCAUCCUCCCCUCCGCAAUCCUCUCCUCCUCCUCCUCCUCCCUCAACCGCCUUUCUCCUCAUAGUUUUCCGGCCACGAUUUAUUCUUACCUCAGCAACUACGAUUUCAGAUACUCCCUCAUCGAUAUACCUCUCAUCUCCAUCAUUAGAUCUGCCAUUAUACUAUGCGUUUACGGACUUUGUGACGGACCAAAGUUAUCAAGGGGACCAUAUCUGACAAUAACGAUGAUAUGCUCGAUAUCUUCAUUAAUAUACGUAUCGUUUAAGGCAGCGAUUGUGUUCGGAGAGCCAGUGAUCGGAGGAUAUUUCCGAACAGAGGAAAUGGCUCUCUUUGUAUGUUCUUGGAUCUUAGCCAUCGGUCACAUCGUUGUGGCGUACCGUACAAGUUGUAGAGAGAGAAGAAAGCUCCUAGUCUUCAAAAUCGACAUCGAAUCCGUUUCAGCUUGUAAAAAUGUGUUUCCCCGAUACCAAAAAAUCCUGCAACAAGAGAGACUCAAAUAGCUAUGUUCGAAGUCUGUACAUAUAUAUACUUACAGUACAAACUACAUGUAUAUAAAUAUACGUAUCAAUGCAAGAAAGGUCCAAAGGAUAUAAUCUGUAAAGGAGGAAGGAACAGAUAACGAAUGGGGCUUAAUAUAUAACCUAUGCUUUUCCAUGUGAGACUACACAAGACAACUCCAAUGAAUUGGCAGUUGUUACUAUAUUAUAGAUUUUAAAUUUAGGUAUAGACACACAAAAAAGAAGAACAUUAUAUUAGUUCUUCUUAUAAAUGAUCCACCGUUACACUUUUGUCCUUUUUGUUUGUUUGUAUAAAACCAUAUUUUCAUCAAUGAGAUAAGAAGCCGAAGGCAUCUUUCUUCCA